AUGCUCCAACCGUGCCCCUACCCCGGAAAGGAGCGCUUGUUUUCCCUCUUAGCUCCUCCCACUUCCGCGGGCCGGCGAAGGAAACCGGAAGUAAAGCUGCCCCUAGUCGCGGAGGUUCCUCAUCUGUCUCGAAACCGCGACGGGGGAGGAUUACAGAGAGCCGGAGCCAGCAGGGAAAUCCCUCCUUUUUUCUUCCCUCCCCUCCCUCCUGCCCCUCUUCACAGCUGGCCUCAGCUGGCUUAG